CACUAAUUAAUCACAAAUCAAAGCAGAAAUUUCUUGAAACACCAUCUGCAUCUUUGAGCGAUCUUAUUUUAUUCAAUGAUCCAGAAACCGCUGAGGUAAUAAAGAUUUUAAAAGAUGGCCUAUCAGUUAUGCAAACUUAUUAUCUGUUCUAUAGCUAAUAUUCAUCUUUGUAAUUUAAAGGAAUAUUUCUUUAUAUGCAAUGUGAGAAUCAAUACUAUAAUGGAUAACCAAAAAUGGCGCUAUCGCGGAUGUCCAAAUUGUUUUAGAAAAACAAUUGAUGCGGGAGAUACAUUUUGGUGCGCAAAGUGUGACAUAGAGGUAUUUGCAGAAAAUAGCUAUAGGAUAACUAUGGAAGUUCAAGAUGAAUCUGUGAAAACUACUUUCGUUGUUAUGAACAAGGAAGCUGAAAAAUUGGUGAAAAUACCGGCUCAAGAGGUUGCACGAACAAUUAAAUAUGUUAAUGGUAGAGAAGUUUUCCCGGAAGUGAUAAAAGCCAUAUGUGGAAAAUGUAUUAAGGUUCAGGUAAAACUAACGCGAUAUAAUUUCGUGGAAGGUAAUGAAGGUUUCAUAAUAAACAAAGUAAUAGAGGAAACUUCAGACAGUUCGGGGGCAAUUGAAUUUAACUCUACAAGUCAGGAAUCUGUAGAUGCAUCGAUCAUUAAUUUACUUGAGGAUGCGCCUCCACCGACUCUGCAACCAAUAGCAUCUACUAAAUCUGUAGUCACACCUAUGCAUGCACUGUUAUUGGAUAUAAAGUCAGAGAAAGUUUACAACAAAACAGCGCUAAAAAUAGCAAAUAUGGAUAAAGAAUCAAAUGAGCAGAAAGCACAUAACAAGAGGAAGCGAAGUAACAAAGCAAAAGGGAAAGAGAAUGAUGCAGUAGACUGA